GCAAAAUAUAUCAUUUUGUGUGGUAGUGUGCAAUCUACAAGGCUCUCACUCGUUACACCCACUGUGUGUCACACCGCAGAAGAAACCCAGAAUCGCCGUCAACGGCCGAAAACCACCGCAACUUGUGACGCCAGAUGACCGAGAGAGACAAAUUUAAAAUGUCGCUUGUCGAUUACGCUUCCUCUUCAGACGACGACGUUCCGGAACCCACUGAAGAAGAACACCGUAAAAAGGAGGAGCCCCAAUCACCUCCUCUUCGUUCCAAGACUAAAUCUGGAUCUUCAUCUAACCAGCAGCUAGAAAAUAAACCACAUUCAUCUCCGCCUUCAGUGGAGAAACUUCCUGAUGCUUCUCUUCUUUUGGAUGCACCCACUGUCUCAUCUAAUCUAAUGAGUGCUAGUGACCACUUCUCUCGAGUUGCCGCAGCUCAAGCUGAAAAUGCUUCACGGAAGCGAGACUCAAAUGGAAUGGCAUCCUCUACUGUUCGUAGUAAAGUUCCCAGAGCAAACUUGCCCCAUUCAAGGAAUGUUCCAGAAACUUCUGGUAGUAUGCUAGUUCCACCUCAGAUCAGUGGAAGGAAAAAUGUUGUUACAGAAGACAUAAGCAAGCUCUUUGUAAAAAAACAACACUAACAUUCAUAUAACGUUAGAAGUUUGCAUAUUAAAAUUAAUGAUGGGUAAGAAAUGUAAACCCGAAGAUGUGGCACUUCUCCUGCUUGAAAGUGCUUGCUAUCGUAGAAAGUGUACUUGUUUAACUUUUAAGUUUGUUUACCCGUAAGUAGUACUUCGUCUAGUUGAUUAUAUUACGUUGUUAACUUACAGCUUAGCCAAGUAAAAAAAAAUGGAGCAGAAACCCGACGGGUGAUUUGCUUCACCGCAUAUUUAUUGGAUUUGCAGUUACGAUUUAGGAUUCUUGAGAAUACUAUGAAAGAUAUUUUCAUGCCUUGUUGAGGAUUUUAUAAAUAUUUUCAGGCUUGCAUGUUCUUCUUUUCGUAAGGUACAGGUUCGAGUGAUUGCAAGGAGAUACUUAUAUAAA